AUGGGCCUCUAUCUGCUCAUCUUCUCAUCGCUCCUGCUUGCUAUCAUCCUUGCUGCUGCUUUCUACUAUCUACAAUCACAGCAAGGGAUCUUGACUCUCCCGCUCACUGCACAACAAUCCAUUGUGCUCAUCACUGGGCCUACUGCUGCAGGCAAGACUGCCCUGCUGCAAAGACUAGCAUAUGGCCAUGCUACCAUCAAGCCAACAUACACUUCACAAGCCAUCAAUAGUGCACGCUAUGUCUCUGCGGGGCAAAAGACGCGUCAACUAGUCGACGUCCCAGGCCACCCGAAAUUGAGCGGGUUGAUGACGACUGCUCAAGGUCUAGGCAAGCUGUCGCGCGUCAUUUUCGUCCUCGAUGCAUCAGCGCUUUCUAAACAAGCACCUGCUGUCGCUCAGCGUUUCUUGGAUACAUUGACCAUGGUGCGACAAAAGAACUUGCCGUUCGAGUCGGUGCUUGUGCUGGCCAACAAAUCAGACUUCUUCACGGCACUGGACAAGCAAGGCGUCAGUAAAGCGCUAGAAGAGGCUAUUGCAGAAAUACGACGAGCAAUGGGUGGUGCAGUGCGUAUGGAAGCCAUGGAGGAGGAACGGGAUGAGCAGGCCUUGGAAUGGCUUGCUGAGUCGGAUGAACGGUUUUCACUGGCGGGAGAAGGCAUCGAGGUGCUUUGUGGGAGUGUGCUCAAGGGACAAGGCAUGCAGACUCUGUCUGACUGGCUCGACUGA